CCCCAGUGCACUAGGAGCUCAGGAAGCGUCACAAAGAGCCGAGGCCUGCGGAGGCCGCGCGCGCAGCUCUCCGGGGCGGAGCCGCUGGGUCCGGGUUAGCACGAGACAACCCAGGCUGCGCGGAACCACGGGUGGCCGGGCUGCCCACCCUGCAGCCCCGGAGGUCGCCCCGGGCAGGAGCGAUGCGGUAGCGUCAGCCGCGGAGCUCCCGGGACCCCGCCACAGCGGACUAGGGCAGAACGCGCGGCGGGCCGGGCGGAGCUAGAGGCGGGCUAGGAGCCGGCGUCGCGCCACCGCAACUCCCAGCCUUCCGCCCCGUUCAGAAAUCCUGAGCGGCGGGUGCCCUGACAGUGGGCGCCGCUGUAGGCUCCUGGGCGAGGCCUGGAGCAUCCCGGGACUCGUGGGCCCGGCGGGCGCGCGCUUCGCGCCCCUGCUUCCUCCCUUCGCUCCUCCUCAGCGCGCGGUCUCCCUCCUUCCUCGCCCCCGAGGAUGCGCUCCCCCGCGCCGUGCAGCAGAGGCCACCGCUGCCAGAAAUGCGAGCGCCCGAGCCCCUUCGCCCGGACCUGCGGAGCUCGCGCCCCCGCCCUGUAGGGCUAUGACUCACUGAUUGAGAGGACUUUUCCAAAUAUUUCACACUUUUGGUUGUGUAUUAUGGAUACUAAAGAAGAGAAGAAGGAACGGAAACAAAGUUAUUUUGCUCGACUCAAAAAGAAAAAACAAGCCAAACAAAAUGCAGAGACAGCCUCAGCUCUAACCACAAGGAGUCAUUCUGGGAAAGAGGAUGCUAAUUCAAUCAUUUUGGAGCAGGACAAGUCCAGCAUUGCUGUGGAGGAGGAAUGUAACACCGAUGAAAAGAAAAAGAGAAGAAACAAUCAGUUGAAGGAAAUCAGGCGCACAGAACUGAAGAGAUACUAUAGUAUUGAUGACAAUCAAAACAAAACUCAUGAUAAAAAAGAGAAGAAGAUGGUUGUUCAGAAGCCCCAUGGUACCAUGGAGUACACUGCUAGAAGCCAGGACACCCUGAACUCCAUAGCACUGAAGUUCAACAUCACUCCCAAUAAAUUAGUGGAACUGAAUAAACUUUUCACACAUACUAUUGUUCCAGGCCAGGUCCUUUUUGUGCCAGAUGCCAACUUUCCUUCUAGUACCUUACGGCUAUCAUCAUCCAGUCCUGGUGCUACUGUCUCCCCUUCAUCAUCAGAUGCAGAAUAUGAUAAACUGCCUGAUGCUGACUUAGCAAGAAAGGCCUUAAAGCCCAUUGAAAGAGUCUUAUCAUCCACUUCUGAAGAAGAUGAGCCAGGUGUGGUGAAAUUUCUAAAAAUGAAUUGUCGAUACUUCACGGAUGGAAAGGGUGUGGUUGGAGGUGUCAUGAUUGUUACUCCUAACAACAUCAUGUUUGACCCUCAUAAGUCCGAUCCUCUGGUUAUUGAAAACGGGUGUGAGGAAUAUGGCCUUAUUUGCCCCAUGGAAGAGGUGGUCUCCAUUGCCCUGUACAAUGACAUUUCCCACAUGAAGAUCAAAGAUGCCUUGCCAUCUGACCUACCUCAGGAUCUUUGUCCUCUGUACAGGCCUGGAGAAUGGGAAGACCUGGCUUCAGAAAAGGAUAUCAACCCAUUCAGUAAGUUCAAGUCCAUUAAUAAGGAAAGACGAAUGCAGAACGGGGAGACAACCCUUACUUCAGAUUCCAAGUCAAUGGGCUCUUCAGAGGAGUCAAAUGAAUACACACAUAUGAAGCUCUCUGACAGCUCUGAGUCAUGGAAACUAAAGAAACUGGAAUCUUCCAGGGGAACAGCCAGUGAAUCUCCCACUGUGACUAAGCUCAGCAAGAGACCUUCAAACACCCAUGAUGCAUUGGAAUCUAUAGCCAAAGAAAACUCUCUUUUAGUGGAAGACGAUGACUUUGUUGAUUUGGAAGAACUUUCUUCUCAACCUGAGAGUGGAAUGGACAAAGGAGAUGCCUCGAAGGAAUGCCUUUCAGAUGACCCAAAGAAGAGUGAACCCAAAACAGUCAGUUCUGUAAGGAGAACGCAGGUGCAGUCAUCAGCCCUGAACUUUUUGGGAACAGAGAGUGAUGCUGAAUUGAAGGGGGCUCUAGAUUCAAAAACCUGUGAGAAGCAAGACGAAGUGCCAGAAGUAGACAAGCAGUCUGACUCCCCGGAAAGCCAGGUGGAAAACACAAAUAUACACGAAGACCUUGAUAAAAUCAAACUCAUCGAAUUUUACCUAAAUAAGAACAAAGAAGGGUCACAGUUGUCCGAAAAUGUGCAAAAGGCUGAACUAAGUGAUGGCAAAAAUAUUGAAUCAGGGGGAAUAGACAUCACGCUUAGUAGUUCUCUUCCCCAAGCAGGUGAUUCUUCACCUGAGGGCAACAAAGAGCCAGAUAAAAUCUGGGUAAAAGAGAGAGACCCCUUUCCCCUGAAACUGGACCCCAGUAUAGAAGGAAAUGAGACUAACAAUAAAGAGGCUCAAGAUUCCUCAGAAUCAACUCUGGACAAGAGCUGUCAAGGCGCACAAAUGGAUAAUAAAUCUGAAAUUCAGUUAUGGCUAUUAAAGAGAAUUCAGGUACCCAUUGAAGAUAUUCUCCCCUCAAAAGAAGAAAAGAGCAAGACCCCACCCAUGUUCCUGUGCAUCAAAGUGGGGAAACCAAUGAGAAAAUCCUUUGCCACUCACACCACAGCCAUGGUUCAGCAGUACAGCAAGAGAAGAAAGCAGCCAGAGUACUGGUUUGCUGUUCCCCGGGAGAGAGUGGAUCAUUUGUACACCUUCUUUGUUCAGUGGUCUCCUGAUGUCUAUGGGAAAGAUGCCAAGGAGCAAGGCUUUGUGGUGGUGGAAAAGGAAGAGCUGAAUAUGAUUGACAAUUUCUUCAGUGAGCCAACAACCAAGAGCUGGGAGAUCAUCACUGUUGAGGAGGCAAAGCGCAGGAAGAGCACAUGCAGCUACUAUGAUGAGGAGGAGGACGAGGGACUACCCAUCCUGCAGCCUCACAGUGCACUCCUGGAGAACAUGCACGUCGAGCAGUUGGCCCGACGUCUUCCAGCUAGGGUACAAGGGUAUCCCUGGAGACUGGCCUAUAGCACGUUAGAGCAUGGAACAAGCUUGAAAACCCUCUACCGGAAAUCAGCAUCUCUAGAUAGUCCUGUUCUGCUGGUCAUCAAAGACAUGGAUAAUCAGAUUUUUGGAGCUUAUGCAACUCAUCCAUUCAAGUUCAGUGACCACUAUUAUGGCACAGGCGAAACUUUUCUCUACACAUUUAGCCCUAAUUUUAAGGUCUUUAAGUGGAGUGGAGAAAACUCGUAUUUUAUCAAUGGAGACAUAAGUUCUUUAGAACUUGGUGGUGGAGGGGGACGAUUUGGUUUAUGGCUAGAUGCUGACUUAUACCAUGGACGAAGCAACUCUUGCAGUACUUUUAAUAAUGAUAUUCUUUCCAAAAAAGAAGACUUCAUAGUUCAGGACCUAGAGGUAUGGACAUUUGAGUGAAAUUUAGGCUGCCUUAAAAUAUGACAUUAAGAAGACUGGGUUACAUCAGCCAUUUUAAAGCUGGCCGGAACACAAAUCCCAGCCCUGGCUGCCUCAUUCCACUGCAAUGCUUUCUUUCUGCCAUCAUCUCAGAGCACGAUCACAUCACAGAAAGAUUCGGAAAGGUACAUGAGGAGGGCAAAUGCCCAAAACAGAAAUUUGAAGUCCAGAAUGUUGAAAGACGUUGACUUCCACUCCUUCCAGAUCCACAUAGUGAGGAAUCAGAGUGUUUAUAGAUGUAUAAGUGAAUGCGAUUUUUAUUUUUGGUAACUGUGAAAAAGAUACUGUGGAAAUACACACAUGCCUUGUGUAUUUAUCAGCCUAAUUUUACCAAAUGUACAGCUAUUGUUUGCCAUGGAAAGUUCAGUCAGAUUUAGAAAAAUUGAAAGGAUAUAGCACUUAAGGGAGUGUAUGAUUUUUUUUAACCUAUUUUAUUUAUUAUUUCUAGUAUAUCGUCUGAAAUGUGUUGACUUUUUUUUUCUUUUAAUGUGUCAAAUCUUGGAAUAAAGAAAUGUGUACAUUUUGUGCUAUGUUUGGGGAACAAGUCUCUGAGUUGUAUAGUUUUAUAUUGAAUUUUUUUGCCCUGAUUAUUUAGGGUGUUUAGAGUGAUAGGUCUUAAGCAUUACACACACAAACACACACACACACACACACACACACACACACACAUGAAUUUUCAAAAGCUCUUCACCAAUGUUCAUUGAUUUGACUAUUUUAGACCAGCUUUUUAUUUAGUUUGUAAGAAGAUAGACUUUAAUACCCUAAAUAUACUUUUGUAAAGCAGAAUAGAGUAUCUCUCAAAAUCAUAAGUUAAUGUUUGUAUGAAUGAAAACCUCUAUGAACAUAGAUGUACAACAAUCUCUACUUCUGAAAGGAAAAUGUUUUGCUUUGUAUGAAACCGUGUGUGUUAACAACAGACUUAGUUUUCCUAGUGUUUUUGUUUUGUUUUAUUUUACACAACUUCCUUCCAAGUGUUUACAUUAAUGCAUAGGCUUCUGUUUUAAAAAGGGAGUGUUUAAUUUCUGCCACUUUAAGUAAAGUGAAAAAUGUCGAGGUGGGUCAAUUGUCGUGGUCUCUGAACUCUUACUUGCAUUCAUACCAAAACUGAAAGAAAGAAGAAAAUUUAUUUUUAAAAUAUCAACUCCUUUUCACAUCAUAAAACAUCUCUUAUUUUAAAUGGUAAUAAAACCUUAUUAGAAACAUUGUUAAUAUUAUUAAUUGCCCCACUUUCAUGAAAGCCAAAGACUACUAAUAAAACAAAUUUAAAUAGUAGCAAAAGCUGAAAAUAGUCUAUCACAAAUUAUUUCCCCAGUGAUCUUUGACAAGAAAAGUAAUAAAUAUAUUUACAUAUCUUUAAGUUCUUAGAAUAGCUCUUUAAAAUUUUUCUUCCAUUUUAGACUUCUUAAAAGAAAACAACUUGUCCAGUGGCCUCUGUCAGGCCAACAGCUAUCAUACUGCACCCCGAUCCUGUGCAAGUUUAAAUAGUGCUAUAAAAUUCUAAGGGCUAUAGCCCAGACAUACUUUUCACCUAAGUUCUUCCAUUGAGAACUCUUGGUUGAAAAUAUUAUUUGACCUUAGUCUGCUCCUAAAAAUGAGUUGGUGAGAUCCCAGGAAUGUCUUGUGAUGAUUAUAUUUACCAUUUAUGCCAUUUGUAACCAUAUGCUAUUAAUGAACAAGAUGGUUGUUUGCCUAUAGA